CUACUUGCAACCUCAGCGAACUUAUCACCGAAAACAAACGACAUCCAAACGAUUCGUUAUACCAAUACAAGAAAACACUCAGUCGACGGUCAGUUCUAUCGAGAACUCGUCGAUUGCUUUCGACUGGUGAUCACCAGUCGAGAAACCAAACGACAACCGCUCACGCGUGCGGCACAUCGACAGACCGUGUCCCGGUCUGAUCCAUCAACAUGAUUCCCACGGAAAGGUUGGAGUGUUCGCAGUUGUACCUGGCGGACCCUAUGAUGGAAUGAGGUUAUGCCCCUGUGAUGUUGCAGAGAACAACAUCAUCAAGACGAUCGCCUGCAACAUCAGCGGUACCAGGACGGAGGGGACGACGCGCGAGCGUCGCCACCGAGAGACCCGUGGACAUGGUGCAAACCAGUCCAAGGUCAACGAUGGAGAGACAACGCUCUCCGAGAGGAAGUUACGCGCCGGACCCACGUACACGUGUUCCUAAUCCAGACAUUGCUCUAGAACAGGAAACAGACUCUUCUGACGAGAUAACGGACAAUCAAAUUGGAAUCAGGAUGAGUAGGAGCCCCCGCCAUUCCAUCGUAUCGGAGAGCUACUACAGAUGUCCACGGAAUGGCGGACGUAGUCUUGCACCAGACAUGAAUUACGGCUCACCUCAUUCCCUCGUCCCAGAAACCGCGAUGAGUCCUCGACACUCGCUGGUGCCCGACAAGGCCCACGAUAGGAGCCCGAGAAACAGCCUGGUUCCCCUAACGGCUUCGAGGACGUCCCUGUUAUCCGACAACGGUAAUCCAAUGAGCGGUAGGCCAUCCUUGGCACCGAAUUCGUCAAGAAGUCCUCGCGGGAGCAUAUCGACGAUGGAAAUGGUCUAUCGGAGCCCCCAAAGAAGUCCACGAGGUUCGAUAGCCUCUGAUUGCAUUAAUCAGAGUCCCAGAAACUCCAUCGCACCGUACGAAGUCCACGCGACGAACAGUAACAGGUCGUCGCGUGGAAGUUUGGGGAACAUGGAAAUCAUCAGAUGCGGGGGAAACGAAGACGUUACAAGUCCUAGACGUAUCGUCGAUCCGGAUUAUAUGAACAGAAAUCCUAGGGGCAGUCUUGGCGGUUUGCCGGAAAUGAAUCCCACAAUGAAGGUCACAAUGGCGCAGAGCUCGAGAAGAGCUUCGGUUGAUCCAGUUUCUGAAAACCGAAUUUCUUCCUCGAAUCGGAUGAUUGAAGUUAACUGUGGCAGCGUGAACUCCGGCUCAAGCAAUGUACACCUAAAUCUAGGUUACGGGGUAAACGCCAUCGAGGAUACAAGACGAGAUAGUAGUUCCGUCUCACAGUUUUCAGGGGAUGAAUCGCGCCGUCUGUUCAAUAGCAGUGUCAUGAUACCGAAAAACAACACGGAAAAGGACAAUCUUGGCGUGAUCACCUAUGGCUCCGUGGCUUUCCAGCUGAAGGACGCGAAUUUGGAGGCGUGCAGCACAUGCGACUUCGUGUUUCGAGCCCUGAAAGUUGUGUCGAAAACGAGGAUUGUGACGGGAUGUCUCGUCUCUUACUUUAUCUUCUCGUUGGUUAUGCUGAUCUUCGGAUGGAAAUACGUAAAGGAGUGCACCGUGGAAGAUCGGAUACCCAUCUACUUGGUCAUAGCUGGGAUACUCAGUAUGAUCCUAAUGAUAUUUGUGGGAUACUUGCAGUUGAGAUCAAGAAAGCCGGAGAUUAUGUCGACAGCGCCACAAUCGCCUGAAGUAAUCUUCACCAUAGUGAUAAUCGUAGGGUUAUCUCUCUUCUUGAUAGGCUGGUUCGUGGCAGGAAAUUACUGGAUCCUGGGAAUCAUGUGGCCGACAUUCAACGAUAACAUGUACAUGAAAGAUAUGUAUUGUGCUAAGCCACUUUACAUAUUUUCCUUGGUACAUCUUGGUGUCGUUUAUACCAUUAUCGCCAGUACCCUACUGUUAAUGCUAGUGCUGGCCUGCUUCAGAAUAUUAGCCUGUCCAUUGCCGCAUAGGUACAAAUAACCACAUCGAUCAGCGCGAGUUAGAGAAGU